CAGGUAGUAUCUGCGGCGUAGCUGACUCAUACUGGGAAGUGAUGCUUUCUUUGAAUUGAUGGUCUUCAUCACACAGAAAAUCAUAUAACACAGAAACAAGAAGUAACAUCCAGCCGCAAUUCCAGCCAAAAUGAUGAAGAAUUAGCAACAAUGACAUCUACAGGUCCUGCUGUAACUCCUAUCAAUACAAGGUCAGAUUUCAACUCCCUCAAAGAAUCAAUGAAUGCUUUGACAGCAGGAGAAAGAGAAGUUCCAGAUAAACCAACUGAAGAUGCCAAAGAAGUCUGUUUGGGCAAUUAUGAUGCAGGAGAAUACCGGAGUAAGAGUGCAUUAAAAAUGCCAAAGUCAGAACGACUGAAGAGGAUAGACAUCCAGGAAGCAGCCAAUAAUAUCAUUGAAGCAACUAAUAAGAAACGGAAAAAGGACUCGGACAUGUUAAGAGACUUCAAAAAGACUGCUGAGUACCAGCUCUGUACUACUCUCUUGGAAAUGCAGCACCACAUUCACCAUGUUUAUGAGAGACAGGGCAAACUUAUGGAGGAGAAAAUGCAGGAGUUAAUGGCUCGUCUGGAGAGGAUAGGAAAGCUGGAACAGGAGCUGGCAGAGUUUAGAAAAGCACUUCAGCUACUUUAUCAUGACAUUAACUAGUAAAUUAUUUAAAGGCUGCAUUGUUAACAUUGUUCACUUUAAUUGUUGGAAAUAAAAUAUAGAUCAGGAAUGAU